AUUGUUAACAACAAAUAAAAUGAAAAAUAAUCCCUAUUUUUUCGCCAAAUAUGAGUUCCAUUAGGCAUAACCUAUAAAAUUUAAUCUCCAUAAUGAGUCUAAUUAGGUUUUCAUAAUUGGUGUAAUUAAAAAAAUGGAGGCAAAAAUCAACCAAUUUUUUGGACCAAUUGUUACAUUCAUCAAUGGUGGGGACCAACUUCCUUGGUGCUCUUCUGACAUUGUUGUUGGCUGUGAGAAAGAAGUUGCAGAUGCUACGACCGGUGCUUCAGAUGAAGGGAAGAACGAGAGUAUUAUGAGAUUAUCGUGGGCGCUUGUUCAUUCUAAACAACCUCGAGAUGUGCAACGAGGGAUCGCUAUGCUUCAGGCUUCACUUGCCAACUCAAGUAGUCCACUACAGCAUCGAGAAAAGCUUUAUCUUUUAGCUGUUGGGUUUUACAGAAGCGGGGAAUAUUCAAGGAGCAGGGAGCUUACGGAUCAAUGUCUGGAGAUUGCACCGGAUUGGAGACAGGCUUUGUCGCUUAAGAAGGCUAUCGAAGAUAGAAUCACUAAGGAUGGUGUCAUUGGUAUAGGAAUCACUCUGAUUACUAUAGGACUCAUUGCUGGUGGGAUUGUAGCAUCGUUGGUCCGAAGAAAAUGAUCUUUGCACUGCGCUAUCACGCUUUACCAAAACAAUCCUCCGAUGUUAUUAACUACUCAUUACAAUGCCACAAAACCCGAGUUUCUGUUGACAAAAAAGGAAGAUGAACGAACCAUAUUUGUUCGUUUCCUUUCCACUUCCCUGUGUUUUUCGUGUUCUUUUAGUCUCUUUUAAGGAGCUAGUGAAUGUUAUAUAGAAUAAUGACAGGGCAAAUGCCUGAAAUUGUUGUGAUUAA